GAGAUUAGUUUGGAAGUUAUGACAAGCACAUCUGUGCAAUAUGAGCUUGUAAAGCUUCUUCACAAAGUCAAACCACUAUAUCUAAGUCAAAAUGAUGAUUCUCCAUUUGACACCAAAGAAAUUUUGAACUUGCUUGAGAAAGACCUUUAUGAAUUUCCUUCACACCAUUGUCUGUUUAAGGAUUACCUUGAAUCUGACUCUGUAAUAGGAACAACUUUUCUGGAAAUGGAUUUUGUGAGCAUUUUGGACAGACCUUGUCUACGAGGCAACUCACAUUGUCAGGGACCAUCAGACACAGAUUAUUUUUUGUCAAUUAGCCCAGUUGUAUUCGAGGACUUUCAGAUACUUGACAUUGGGACAGCUCUAUUUAGUGAGGUCUUCAGCUUACAAGAAGUCCAUGAACCUGAGUUCUGCAAUGAAAUGCUGCAGGAAAAGGUGAAGUUCAAGAAUUAUGAGGAAUUGGUAAUCAGUCGGGAACUGGCUCUUGUAGAUGAGAUGUUCAAAUCACUGCCCGUGCCAGUUCUCCCCGACUCUGUACUAGGAACAUUGUCUGCAAUUGUUGCAGAAGCCCUGAUUGAUUUGAAGCCACAGCCUCCAUUGGCAUCCGAUGGGAUCUAUUUAAAUUGGCAUCUAUUGGAGGAAGACAACUGCAGCUCUGCGAUCAAUUCCUUUUAUCACAAUAUGGUAGGGGAGCUGAACAGGAGUUUUGACUUCGAAUUAAGUAUUGCCAAUUAUGGGAAAGUCAUUCUUGACUUCAUCCUUCUUGAUCACAAUCCUAGCAGGCCUAAAUUUGAAGAAGGAAGUGGGCCAUUGGACAUGCUUUCUGACAGGGUCUCUUUGCUGAGGGAGGAUCUGACUGAGGCUUCUUCCCGGAAGUCUACUGAUACUGAAUACCAAAAGCCAGCAAGUCAAACACUGGUUUCUGAGUAUGAUUAUGAGAGGGCUUCGUCACUAUUUAAAUCCAUGUCACCAUUUCAUGACCUGGACUUCUUCUUGAAUCCUUCGAAAGAUAGAGCUGAAGAAAAUAGUGUACCUGCAGGCAAGAUUCCUGGUGAAAUGAACAAUAUCCAUGCGGUCAAGGUUCCUGGUGAUAUUACUUGCAAGGUUUCAAUUAGUAGCCCCAGGGCAGGAAAUCCAUCUUAUGAGCCACCUGUUGUAGGAUCGGGCCAUAUUGAGCUAGGGCUUGUUUCUUUUCCUGGUGUGGUCGUUAUUGUGAACACACAAAAUUCAAGUGAAGUAAUGUUGGUGUCCAGAAGAAGCACAUAUCAAAAGAUUCUGGCUAUGGAGAAAGAAGGAAUUCAAGUAAUUGAGCGUGAUACAACCCUGCCAGUUGAUAUUAUAAUCAGUGCUGCAGUUUGCCUGGUGUGGUAUACUCACAAGAACAUUGGCAGAAAAGCCUCUGGUUUCAGUGAAGGAUCUUCAGUGUUAGCUUGUCAUAUUGAGAAUAUAGCAGCAAAUAUUCUUACGAACUUGAGCUUCGCUUUUAGGGCAUGCAUUCUGAUAUUUGAGGGGGAAUCUGGCUUUCUUGCUUCGGUAAUGGAAUCUUCAGAUGGACUUUAUGCUGCGGCAGCUAGUCUGGGAAUUGAUUUACAAUUCCUUUGCUCCUUUUCACCUGAGUUGACUGAUGAGAUCAUAUUGAAAUCUAUUGCUAAGGAAACUAGGAUUAUUAGGGGUCUUUAUACUAAACUUCCUGAAUCAGAGACACUGGCAGAAUCUUUCCUGAACAAAUUUCCUUCUGUCAAUCCACUAUCAGCUCAAGCAAUACUGUCUUCUGAAGGGAUGCUCAGUGACUUUUUUGAAUUAUCUCAUGAAUGCAGAGUCACCACGGUCCAAAAAUAUCAAGUUCCUGAUGAAAGUGUUUCUCUUUUUUAG